AUGUCGCAAGCAGACCUCUCAUUCCCUUUACUCAGUCUGUUGAGUAAAGAACGAGCAGUGUAUGGUCUCCGUAACGGUGAUCAUGAAAGAUACAGACGACACUGCACCAACAAGAUCCACCGACUCCGUCAGACGACAGGUCAGACAUGCGGUAAAGGAAAGCAAUACAAGGCACCUCCCAAGUUGGAUAUAGAAGCUAUCAAAGAUGUUCGUCACCUUCAACUCCUCCUUUUCUCAGCUGAAAGAGCCCUCGCCCACUCACACGAAAUCAAAUCCCAAUUAUCCAAGAACUCUUCUACCGGAGCCAAUGGAUCCCAUGAACCAGGAUCAAAGAGAGAUCAAAUAUCAUGGUUGAGACGAUCGCUCAAAUCUUCAACCGAGCUAUUCGACCUGAUCAACAACCUUUCUGAGGGUACACACGACCAUGUGAAGAUUAACCAAAGGACCAAAGCCGAGAUGACAAUUUAUCAUCUCAGUGUACGAUCCGAACUAUCAUUUGAAAAAUGCGAUUUUGGAGCCUGCUUAACCGACCUGGUAGUAAUCAGAAAAUUGUUGAUGGUUUUAAAUGAAAACAGCAAGAACUCAUAUGACGAGGCGUUAACAAAUGAAUUUAUAGAUUUGAAAGAUCCCUUGAUUCGAUUUUCAGCUUAUAAAUUGGGAAGAUCCGAAUCGCACGAUAUCACCGGUAUUGUCAAUGAUUUAGAUAACGAUACUCUUCAAGAAUCACUUCCUGGUUUCGACAAGUUGGUUCAAGGUUUGAAGAAUGAAUUGGAAUUGGAUAGUAAUGAUAUCCAAAAAGAUAGGUUCAAAUUGGAUGAUACGACUUUCGCAGGAGAGAAAGUUGAAUUCAGAAAUCCCGAAUUGGUCAAGAUUAUGGCUAGUGUUCAAGAGGUUCUGAAUAGAUUUGAAAAUAAGAAGAGUAACAAGAAGAAUCAUACGACGAGUUUGAAAGGUUGGGAUAAAGUUUUGACUGUCCUUGGAGAGGCGGAAGUUAUAGCUAGGAGAUUGAAAGAUGAUCAUGAGGCAUCCGGCUCAUCGACCUCUCUGCGGUCCACUCAAAUCACCUCAUCCCUCAAUCUCGCUCACGCAUACAUCGUUCACGUCCUCCUCUCCCACAGGAUCAAAAGGGAUUUAUCGCUCAUCGAUGCCCUCUCAUCCAAUUUGAAUGGUACUAUACCUUCCAACGUGGGUGAUGUCAGAAUCAAAGGCGGUAAGACCAAGAUCGAGGAAGUCGUUAAAGGUUUAGGUGGAAUUAUCAAAUUGCUUGAUACGGUCUUACAGAGUUUGAGAGGUAUUGCAGAACUAAGUAUAGUCCAGGAGAAAGAAGGUGUGAGAGUUGGUGUGGAAGGUCUGGAAGGGUAUUAUCAUGCUUUGAAGUGUUUCCAAUUAGCUCGGUUACAUUGUCUUCACCCUACUCCAUCGUACUCUUCCGCGAUCUCAUUGUUGGAAAGAUCAAUCGUAUCACUCAGACAAUCACGUUCCCUACUCGUUGACCCACCUAUCGAAAUUGAAGAAUCUAUCAUUACCAUUGCGAACGAAUCGAUCGAUUCAUUGGAAGAUGAUUUGCAUAAAUUGGAUAUAGCUUCAAAGAAAGGCUUGUUCUCCCAAUCUAUCGAGAAACCAGUAUUCUUCGAUAUGGCUUUCAACUAUGUCGAUAUUCCAUUUGACGAAUUGGAAGUUCUCAGCGGGAAAAAGGAGAAACCGUCUGCUGGCUCUACAGUUACGGAUAAUCUGACAUUGGUGAAAGAUAAGACUGUAGAAGGGUUGAAGAAGUUAGGUAGAGAGACUAGGGAAACUACACCCGCGGUAGAGUUCAGACCAUCUCCUUCUGCCUCGGUUUCCAAGACAAGAGAUGACGAGGAGGAAGAGGAAGAGGGCACACGAGGGCAAGGAGGAGAAGGCAAUAAGAAAGGAUGGUUGGGCGGUUGGUUUGGACGUGGUAAAUAG